CCAUUUUGUGAGUCUAUAAAGGAUUGUACCGAACCUCGUUAGUGAUUCCGCAAACCUGAAAGUGCCAUGGACGGACGUUUAGAGACGGAUUUGUAUCCUCUGGGAUCCAGCUACGUCACUGACAUUGACGGUGUCCAUGAUAUAACAGUCGGCACAAAGAGAGGAUCUGACGAACUCUUUUCCUCCUGUGUCUCUAACGGCCCGUAUAUCAUGAGCUCAGGAGCAGCGAACGGUAACGACAGUAAGAAGUUUAAAGGGGACAUCAGGAGUCCGGGAGUCCCCUCUCGGGUCGUCCAUGUCAGGAAGUUACCCAGCGACAUCAACGAGGCCGAGGUGAUCUCGUUAGGACUUCCCUUCGGCAAAGUGACCAACCUGCUGAUGCUCAAGGGCAAAAACCAGGCGUUUCUGGAGAUGAACACUGAGGAGUCUGCUCAGACCAUGGUGAACUAUUACUCCUCAGUCACGCCCGUCAUCCGAAAUCAUCCCGUCUUCAUGCAGUACUCCAACCACAAGGAGCUGAAGACCGACAACUCGCCCAACCAAGUGCGUGCUCAGGCGGCCCUGCAGGCGGUCAACGCGGUUCAGACAGCCAGCGUGCCUCUAAGCGGCAUGGAUGCAGGAGGAUCAGGAGGAUCAGGAAGUCCUGUACUGAGGGUGAUUGUGGAGAACCUGUUCUACCCUGUCACUCUGGAGGUUCUGCACCAGAUCUUCUCAAAGUUUGGCACGGUGCUGAAGAUCAUCACAUUUACCAAAAACAAUCAGUUCCAGGCUCUGGUUCAGUACUCGGACCCCAUGACUGCUCAGCACGCCAAGCUGUCUCUGGAUGGACAGAACAUCUAUAAUGCCUGCUGUACGCUGCGCAUCAGCUUCUCCAGACUCACCAGCCUGAACGUCAAGUACAACAACGAUAAGAGCAGAGACUACACUCGGCCCGAUCUGCCCACGGGGGACGGCCCGGCCUCGCUCGAAUCGCAGACCAUGGCCACCACCGCCUUCACUCCUGGUUUAAUCUCUGCAUCUCCGUUUGCGAGUGCUCACGGUUUCCCUCAAGCGUUCACCCUCCAGCAGGCUGCAGGUCUGUCUUUUCCCGGCGUUCCCAGUGGCUUGGCGUCUCUCGGCGUUUCUGCGGCCACUGCGGGUCGACUCGCGCUGACCGGCCUGAACACCACAACACACACUGUCCUGCUCGUCAGCAACCUCAACCCCGAGAGCGUUACGCCCCAAUGCCUCUUUAUUCUUUUCGGUGUGUAUGGCGACGUGAUGAGGGUGAAGAUCCUCUUCAAUAAGAAAGAAAACGCUCUGGUGCAGAUGGCAGAUGCAACACAAGCACAGCUCGCGAUGAGCUACCUGAAUGGUCAGAAGCUGCAUGGGAAGCCUCUGCGUGUGACUCUUUCCAAACACACCACAGUGCAGCUUCCCAGAGAGGGACACGAGGACCAGGGACUCACUAAAGACUUCUCCACCUCUCCUCUACACCGCUUCAAAAAACCUGGCUCCAAGAACUACUCCAACAUCUUCCCUCCGUCCUCCACCCUCCACCUGUCCAACAUCCCACCUGCUGUUGGUGAAGAUGACCUUAAAGGACUGUUCAUAAGUUCAGGAGCCACGGUGAAAGCCUUCAAGUUUUUCCAGAAGGACCACAAGAUGGCGCUGAUUCAGCUGGGCUCAGUAGAGGAGGCCAUUGAAUCUCUCAUCGAGUUCCACAAUCACGAUUUGGGCGAGAACCAUCACCUCCGCGUCUCCUUCUCCAAAUCCACUAUCUGAGACUCACACAGGGUUCAAAAUGUCUCUCACACACACACACACACACACACACACACACACACACUUCAUCAUUCCUUUUCUUAUGAUUCACACACAGAAGAAACCCAAUAUUUUAAUUUGGGUUUCAUUUGUAUUCUUUUAUUUCCUCGCACAUUUUCUUAAACAUUUUGGUGCAAAAAAAUAAUUUGUAGUGUAAUCAUCUUUGUUUAUCGUUAUAUCUCUAUAUAUAUCUCUAUACGCUGAUCGUUUUUCUAUGGGGAUUCUGGGAAAUGGUGUGGGGUGUCCUUUUUUUUCUUUUUUUUUUUUUAUCUUGCAAUCAUAAAUGCUGCCUGGUUCACAAUCAGUGCCUAUAAUCACACACAAACACAACAAGCAGUCGCUCUAAAUUUCAAAAACGACCUGUUCUCAUUUUUGCCUUUCAAAAAGCAGUGCCUUAUAUGGUCACUUCCUGUUAGACUGUAAUUCUGUUUCUGAUAAAGCACUCAAGAUUUUGAUUUUCAUUUCUGGGUAAAUUUGACUAUUUUUGGUUUAUAAAGGAACGGAUUUGCAUACGAAUCAGUUUUAUUUGCAUAUCAGACAUCCAGAGCAGUAAUUUAUUCUUUUUAUUUCCAUGUUUCUCAGAUAUGUUAAAAUAAAACCAUGUUCUUAUAUUAUGACUUCAGAUAUUGUGUAGAAUGUAGCAGAUUAUAAACAAUUCAUCUGAAUCAUUGUGGAGAAUAUGAAGAUUUUCUACGAAGAGGUGUUUUUGUGUUGAGUAAAGACAUGUUUGGUAAUGAAGCAGGUUAAUUUGCAUAUGCGUAUCGUUAUUCCUGUUUUGUGGCAUAAAGAAUCUUUUUUAUAUUCCAAACAAAGCUACAAAUUCCUCUUCUGGAGAAAAUUUGAGUAACGAUUCAUCACUUCAGGGCUUUUUGAUAGUUUUGAUAGUAGAACCUUGUUGGUCGUAUAUUAAUUAUUCAGAUUAGUCUAUAGGACACGCCCCUUGUUAGAUUAUAUUUGCAUAUUGGAGCCAUUUUAGGGCUUUUUGAUUCAUUUCUUACUCGGAUUAUUUGUUACGUGCUCUAAGGAUCUUUACGUGACUGCUGUAGAUGGUCGAGAGGAAUUUGAAUCCUCUUAUGAAGUAAAUUUGAAUAAGAGUUUUCUUUUGGAGCGAUUUACAUGUAUAAAAAAGAUAUUUGUAUCUAGAGUAAGAAGAAAAAAAAUCAGGUUAAAGUGCCUCAAAAUCAGCCAAGUGAUAUAUUAUUAAUUAAUUUGCCAUAUGAUUAAUUUUAUAUUGGCGCUUCAGGUGGUUGUUUGCGGGAUUUUCACAAUAAAAGGACAUUCAGCUUUAAUCGCAGUUAAUUUGCAUAUUAAUCCCAGGCAUAUUUUUUCUAAUUCUUUACAGAUUAUUGAUUUAUUUUGUAAAGAAUUUGAUCAUGAAUUUGUCAUUAAACAGCUAUCCAGACAUCGCUGGGAUUUACAAGAUCAAUUUAAACUUGAUCCUUUUUCUCUUAUUUUAAUUUGAACAAGUUAAUUUGCAUAUCAAGCCUUGUCUUGUGAUUUAUUUUGGUCUUUGUUUUGUAAAUCUUCAGAUAAAUGUUCUGAGAUCAUAUGAAAUGUUUGAGAUUUAGUUAUCUUAUUGAGCAUUGUUUAUCCCCCUGUUAAUUUGCAUAUUAAUGCUGGGUAAAUCCUGUGUUCCAGUGGAUCAGGACUGAUCAGAGUCUAUAGAAAUUAUUUUGGUGUAUUAAAUGUUAGAUUUUGGAUAUGAAGGUUAAAUAUUCCAGUGGUUCGAGGCUAAUGAUUGGGAUUGUUGUUGAAUAAUUUUUUUUAUUUGUAUAUCCUAGCUUUAGAUAGCUGAGUUUAGCCCCGCCCCUUUUAGUUCAUUUUGUUGUUGUUAUUGCUGUAUUGCUACACUUCUAUUCACAAUUCUUGUACGUGUACACACACACACGCAUGCACGUGUGUUGACAUGGCUGAUGUAAUGGAGACGGAUCACUGUGCCUUCACUCACUCAGUGAUUAAUUUCUGCACAAAGCACUAAAACUUCAUUUUAAUUCACAUAACUGCGGGCCCAAACAUGGCAUCGCUGCUGCCUUUACCGUUUAAAUUCAGCAUUCAUGUUCAGAGUGUUUACACUUUAUUCCCUCAGACACCAAAUCUACUUCCUGUUCAAACCUCUCAAUGUCUUAAUGAUGAAAUGGGUCUUUAUUUUGGGCACUUUGUUUGUUUGUAAUGUAGUUAACGAGAUUGUGUUUGCAUUUCUGUAUAUAAAUAAAACAUUCACAGCUUUCCUCCUUUCACACCAAACGCCGGCGUAUGCUAGCUCAGCACCACCAGUUUAGCAUGGUGUCCUAAUUUACACAAUGUUCCAGUUGAUUGUGAAAGAUGAGCUCUGCUGCCAUGCUUUAAGCCACGCCCCCCACCUGAGUGUGAUACAGGUGCAGAGUGCUAGACCGGAGCCUGCUAGCGUCUCUUACUUGGUUGAUAGAACGCGUUUGGUGUAAAGGUGGCGCUGUGCACGUUUUAUUCUGGGGUAAAACGUCUGGUUUAUUACUCUCUCAUUCCUUUUCCCACAUUUUGAUUUUGCUCAGAUGCCUUUAAUCGUUAAACACAAAGACCAAAACAUUUGUAGUCUUAAGAUGGCGUGGAGUUUAAACUCGCCACUCACAGUGCAUUAUGGGUAAUGGCUGACGUUCCAGUAAGUGCACUAAUACAGUCUUUAAUUCUAGUAUUUGGGACGAAGGGGUACUUUUCUCCCCUCGUUUUGUUUUUCUCUUCCCCUGUUCCUGAGUUAUGGUUGAAAUGAAAAUCACGUCUCUAUGUAUAUUUUGAUAAAGUCGACAUUGUAGAGCAUUUAUGUUUUGUAUUACACAGAAUAUUAAAGAUGUUCCAUCACA